UUGAAUUUUCACUUUUCCCCGAAACAUUUGAAUUCGAGUUUCGACUUCCUUUCAUUUCACCAAACGCGCAGUGUCAGAAAGCCCCAACUGUCUGAGAAAGAUUCAGAAAAUCGCUUCGGAAGUGGUUAUACCCGAUCAAGUUAAAUUUCCAAGUCACAGUGAGAAUCGAUUCGUCAAAUGGCUUCAAGAACUGCGACUAAAGAUAUAAUCACACUCCGGGGAUCUGCCGCCAUUGUCAGCGAGUUCUUCGGGUAUGCUGCAAAUAGUAUUUUGUACAAUCGAGCAGUGUAUCCCGAAGAAAGUUUUGCGAAGGUGAAGAAAUAUGGCCUGCCAAUGUUGCUUACUCAAGAUGAAGGCGUCAAAUCCUUCAUUUCGAAAUUGACUUCUCAGCUUACUGAAUGGCUUGAAGCUGGGAAGUUGCAAAGGGUAGUUCUAGUUAUUAUGAGCAAGGGCAGUGGUGAGGUUUUAGAGAGAUGGAAUUUUAGUAUCGAGACGGAUAGUGAGGUCGUCGAGAAAGGAGUUUCAAGGGAGAAGAGCGACAAGGAAAUCAUGAGGGAAAUUCAGGCCAUCAUGCGGCAGAUAGCUUCGAGUAUCACGUAUUUGCCGUGUCUUGAUGAGCCCUGUGUAUUUGACGUCUUAGCAUACACAGACAAAGAUUGUGAUGUCCCGCUUACUUGGAUCGAGAGUGAUCCUAAGCUGAUUGCUAAUCCACAGAUGGUGAAGUUGCAUUCUUUUGAUACAAAGAUUCACAAGGUUGACACUUUGGUAUCAUACAAAAAUGAUGAGUGGGAUGAGGCAUGAAUUUGAUGGGGAUUUAUCGAACUUUGAGUCGAUUGGAUCUGCAUUACUCAGAGACAUGUCCAGCAAGUGAAUCUUACAUUCACAUUUUCUAUUCUACAUUUUGGAUUAGUGUCAUGUAUGCUCAUUCCUCCCGAAUGCGAAAUUUGAAGUGUUUUGUCUUAAGGGUUUCAUGCUUGGUAUUUGUGCUCGUUUUACUAUAUGCUAAUGUACUCAGUUUGUUGUAUUUGCGACUGGACAAAUGGUCUUGUACUGUUUACACAAGUGUUGGGAAUAUUGUGUAUUAUGUGCUAUUUUUACUAUAUGCUUGAGUGAUGCAUAGUGGUUAUUUUUCCUUACUAAGUGUUGUGCAAACAAAAAUAUAUAUAUUUAGUGGAUAUGUGAUUGUGC